UUGUAGAUUAAAACAUCAUCAGACUAGUUCUGAGUCUCGCCGUCGGUGCUGCUCUGCUGGAUUCACACGCUCUGGUCUUUGUUGCUCCACCUUGCUGAAAAUGCGUUCCUGUUCCUUUAAGGAAUUCACGGCUGUGACGUUGCUUAUAUUCCAUAUUCAGAGAAAGUCCAGCGGCGGAGUGUGGAAUCUCCUCCUGUGAGUGCAGUUCUCCUCUGUGGUGCUGAGCAAGAAGCAGAACGUUUUCCUUCAUCAUGAGCACAGAAAAGCAUCCUGAAUUCACAUCCUCAGAGGCAGACGGGAUGGAUGUUGCAGAUGUGAAGUCGCAGGAGGAGGAAGAAGAGAAGGAGGAUAACUCAUUUAGUGAAAAUGGAAUUCAGUCCGCUGAAGGUGUCGCAGAUCCACGUGUGAUAAAGACCGAGGCUGAGGAGAUGGAAGAUAACGAGCAGCUUCUCAAGGCUGAAAAAGACCAAGAGAUUGUGCCUCCUAAAGAGGAAGCAGAGGGAGGCAGUGAGGACGGGAUGGAGGAAGGUUUUGAUGAGGAGAGGACAGAGGAAGAGAAUGAUGAGGAGAGGGACUUGGAAGGGGACGAAGAGGGAGAUGGCCUGAGUGAGCCGCAGGACCUGUCGCUGGUGGACUACUCGCGUUACGACAGCGCGGCCCUCCCCGACGCCAGCGCAGCGGCCUCUGCCGCCAACGCGGAAGGCGCUUACGCACCUGGAGCCGGGCCGCCUCGCAUCCAGCCAACAGGCAAGCUCAGCUGUGACAUCUGCGGCUUGUCCUGCAUCAGCAUUAACGUACUGCUGGUGCACAAGCGCAGCCACACGGGCGAGAGGCCAUUCCACUGCACUCAGUGUGGGGCCUCCUUCACCCAGAAGGGAAACCUGCUUCGCCACAUCAAACUGCACUCCGGGGAGAAGCCUUUCAAAUGCCCGAUGUGCAGCUACGCCUGCCGGCGACGUGACGCUCUGAGCGGGCACCUGCGCACCCACUCUGUAGAGAAGCCCUUCAAGUGCAACCAUUGCAGUCGCAGCUACAAGCAGCGCAGCUCACUGGAGGAGCACCGAGAGAGGUGCCAUGUGUACAUUCAGAGCAAAGGUCCCGCCGAGAGAGAGGACAGUCACACAUCCAGGACUCAGAUGGGUACUGAGCGUGCGCUGCUGCUCGACAGGCUCGCCAGCAACGUAGCCAAGCGGAAGAGUUCAAUGCCACAGAAGUUUACAGGCGACAACGGCGUGUGCCUGGACCUGAGCUUUAACCGGGAUCUGGUCCACCGAACUGAUGUCAAGGAUCCUCCGUCGGGCUCCCCGGGGCCAGACGCCCAUCACCAGCAACAACCGAUCCACCCAGGCCCCGAUGGUGACCAACCGCCUUCCCACAGGCCCUACCCCAUCCCGUUAGCCCGUGGCGACAUCACUCCCAUGGGCCUCACCAAUGGCCACAAGUUGGCCAUGCCGCUCCUGGGAAUCCCUCACGCCUCCCAGCCUCCCCUCGGCAUGGACUCUUACCACAAUGACAACGCCCAGAUAUCCCAGCCUGUCAUGUACAGCUUAGGCCACCUGCUUGGGGGGCUGAAUUCCCAGAACGGCAUGCCUCACCCACACACCCAGCCCAUCCCCCUGUCGCCUCUUGAGGCUUUGCGAGUGAUGCGAGCUGACGGGGAGCCCAUGCCCGGGGCCGUGUACCCCUGUGGCCACUGCAGGGUGAUCUUCCUGGACUAUGUAAUGUUCACCAUCCACAUGGGGUGCCACGGCUUCCGCGAUCCGCUCGAGUGUAACGUGUGUGGCCACCGCAGUCGGGACCGUUACGAGUUUUCUUCCCACAUAGCCCGUGGCGAGCACCGCCUAGAGUUGAAGUAGACUGCAGGCACAACACCAGCACUGCAUGAGAAAAACAGAGCAGAUUAACUCAUAUAAGUAGUGUCAGAAAUGAAUUCAUGAAGUAGCUAUCACUCUCUGCCUUGUGUGUGUGUGUGUGUGUGUGUGUGUGUGUGUGUGUGUGUGUGUGUGUGUGUGUGUGUGUGUGUGUGUGUGUGUGUGUGUGUGUGUGUGUGUGUCUGUGUGUGUGUGUGUGUCUGUGUGGGUGUGUGUGUGUGUUAGAGAGGGAGACGUUAUACGAGUGUAACGGGUUUCAGGGUGUUUUUAGUCAUACUGUAGUCAUCUGAAAAGAUGGUCUGUAAAAUGUUAAUGCAGGAGCACUUCUACCUCCUUUUUCAUGCAUAUAUUUGUACUUAAUGGUCCCUGCUGUAGCCGCUGUGUAUAUCCUAAUCCUCAGUUCCAUAUGUUAAUUCAAAUGUUCCAAAAAUAUGAGCACUUAUUACAUUUAUUGUGUAAAUGCUUUUGUUUUUUAUCAGUGUAAAGAUGUAAGUAAUAAAAGACAGCUCUUCCUUCGUCACACACAAGCUGCACCACGCCGAAAGACUUUUAGCUUCUCUGACAAACACUUGGCAAUUCAAGACUGCAGAAAAAAAAAUCCUAUUAUCUCGAAGGUCACAUGUCUCUUUUUUUCUCAGCUGUGGUUUUCUGAGUGUAGUUCACGGCUUCAAAGGACACAUCACUCUGCUUCUCACUCCAGAUAUUGUACUCAUUUAGCGCUCCCCACAAGUUGCUUCACAGUUUUUCACAAGACUUUUAGUCACACAAAACACACAGUGUUCAAUUACAUUUCUCACUUCUGUUUGAUUUAUACAGCACCAGUUCCCUUCCCUUCACACUGUACAGAAAAGGCCGUACAGUGAGAUAGAGGUUCCAUCAUUACAUUUAACCCUUAAAAGUACAAAACUGCACUACAUCUAUGGAGGACAGAGGUAAAGGAGAUAGAAAAAGGUGGAUAAAAAUUCAGUAUAAAGUCGGGCUGAAGGCCUCAAAAUGCGUGUGGCAGGAGAUGAAAUCUUCUAGGUUCCAUUAAAUCAGGAGGGAAAAAGAGACUGAUCACUUUUUUCCAUGCAGUACGUGUUGACAGAUUCUGAAAAUGAUGAAAUGUAUGGCUGGCUGAAGCUGCCAAAGUUAAAAUAAAUACAUAUGUAAG